AUGGCGCUCUGUUUGAGGUACUUCGACCAUACAACAAAGUCGGUUAGGGAAGAUUUCAUAUCCUUUACAGAAUGUGAAGCAACUACCGGCGAAUCUGUGUCCGAAGCAUUCCUGGCAAAUUGGAGAAAAGCCUGUGUAGACAUUGUAAAAAUGAGGGGACCAGGCUACGAUGGCGCAUCCAACAUGUCGGGAAAGUUCCGUGGUGUUCAAGCGCGAAUUCGCCAGAUAAUUCCUGACGCAAUGUACACCCACUGCAAAGCUCACUGCCUAAACCUGGCUAUCAUUCAUGCGUCCCAGGAGCCACUUGCCAAAAACAUGAUGAAUACCGUUCAAGAAGUAGCAUUUCUGUUUAACUACUCGUGCAAACGGCUGCUGCGUUUUCAGGAAACAUCCGCGAAUGAUCAAGUAAGCAGAGAACAAAUGGAAAAUCGGACCAAAUUACAGUCGCUUUGUGAAACACGAUGGGCAGCAAGGGCUGACGAACUUAACACUUUCAAGUGCUCGUAUACGACGAUCGUUGAUAGCUUAGAUGACCUCAACCUUCACUAA